AUGAUCGACUCGGUGAAGCUGCGCCGGGACAGCGUGGCCGACUUCUACUCGCACUACGAGUACCUGUGCUCGCUGCAGGACUCCGUGCCGCUGCCCGCCGUGCGCGCCUCCCUCCGCGAGGGCGUGCUGGAGCUGAACGCCGACCGCCUCCGCGCGGCGGACUGGGCGCCCCUGCUGAACACCCUCAAGAUAAAUAAAGACCUGCCCCUGGUCUCUAUAAAGAGCGGCUUCCAGCCGUGGCUUGGAGAAGCAGUUGACAGAAGGAAGGUUUUUCGAAGUCGAGUUCCUGCAGUAAGUUCCAAAGAUGUGUCCUUCCUGCUCUGUAAAGCCGUGCGAGGCUGUUUAAGUGUAUCAGGUGCUCUGACGAACCUGGAACUGAAUGGGCUGAUUCUGCGCGAGAGAGAUUUAACUGUUCUAACAAAGGGAUUGAAUAAAUCGGCUUCUUUGGUACACCUGUCUCUUGCCAAUUGCCCGAUUGGAGAUGGAGGAUUAGAAAUUAUUUGUCAAGGUAUAAAGAACUCCGUCACCCUGAAGACUGUGAACUUCUCUGGGUGUAAUCUGACGUGGCGAGGAGCUGAUCACAUGGCCAAGAUCUUAAAGUAUCAGACCAUGAGAAGGCAUGAAGAAACCUGGGCUGAGAGUCUUCGUUAUCGGAGGCCUGAUCUCGACUGUAUGGCCGGCUUACGGCGUGUCACUUUCAAUUGCAACACACUCGUUGGUGAUCCAGGUGCUCAUGCUUUUGCAGAAUCUCUUAGUGAGGAUUUGUGGCUUAGAGCACUCGAUUUGCAGCAGUGUGGCCUCACGAAUGAAGGAGCAAAUGCUUUCCGGCAGGCCCUGGAAACCAACAAGACUUUGGUCAUUCUGGAUAUCCGAAGAAAUCCACUCAUUGAUCAUUCUGUGAUGAAAGCAGUUAUCAAAAAAGUUCUCCAGAAUGGAAGGAGUGCUAAUUCAGAGUACCAGUGGAUCACUUCCCCAUCAGCAAAGGAGCCAUCUAAAACUGCUAAACAGAGAAAGAAAACUAUCAUUCUUGGAAGUGGACGAAAGGGAAAAGCUACUAUUCGAAUUGGAGUGGCUACAAAGAAGCCUGUGAACAGUGGGCGAAAAGAAUAUAAUGCUCCUGAUCCUUUGCCACCUGGCGUGUCUGGCUUCCUGCCUUGGCGUACUGCGGAACGAGCAAAAAGGAAAAGGGGGUUUCCAUUAAUCAAAACUCAUGAUGUCUGUAAUCACUUGCAGCAAUCCAAGUUUCCUGUGACUGUAACAGUAGAAAGUCCUUCAUCCUCAGAAAUCGAAGAGGAUGAUGAUUCUUCAGAAAGUGGUCAUGAAAUGCCCGAGAAAGCAAGUGUAAAACAAGAAGCACUACAGGGGAAACUGGACGAGUGCCUAAAGCAGUUACAGGAGGAAAGAGUGUUAAGGCUUAGGGCUGAUAAACGACUAAGUGAGCUAGAAUAUGAGAAUGCCAAGUUCAGAGAGAUCAACUUCUCUUUGUCUGAAGCCCUUCAUGCACACACUUUGACGAGCAUGAUGCUGGAUGACGAAGGCGUUUUGGGCAGCAUUGAGAAGUCUUUUCAGAAGUUUCAUGCUUUCUUGGACCUCCUGAAAGAUGCUGGGCUUGGGCAGCUUGCCACAAUGGCUGGCAUCGAUCAGUCAGAUUUUCAUUUGCUGGGGCGGCCCCAGAUGAAUUCUACCCUGACUCGUGCUCCUGAAGAAGACAAGAAAGCCCUGGAAGAAGGAAAGCCGGAAUCAGAGAAGAAGGCGCUGGGGCCAGUGCCCAACGUCCAAGUUUCUAUUUGUAUGCAGUCAGCUUACAGGGAAGGAUCACUAAUGAAGUUUGAGAAAAUUACAGGUGAUGCCAGAAUUCCUUUGCCUCUGGACUCCUCCCAUGUCCCAGCUCCUACCCAGGAGAGCUCCGUGAUGCUCAAAGACAACGUGGGUGCCCCAGGUGCCGAGCAGCAGCAAGAGUCUUUUGAAGAAUUCCUUGCAAAAGCGUGCUCUCCGCCAUCAGGUGUGCUUGCUGAGAUUGGAAGUCCGAGAAGAGAAGAGGAGUUGUCCAGAAGUAGCAGGUCUUCAGAGAGACUGAACAAGGCGGGUGAAUAUACUAAAAAACACUCUGCCAAGAAACAAGCUGGAAAAGAUGUUUAUUUCUUCCCGAGUGCUGAUGUGAGCCGGAAAAGCAAAGGAACUGGGGAGAAUAGUUCUCUGAUUAAUGAACCAAUUAAAAGUGAGCCUUUGAAAAAACACAUUUCUGCCAAGAAAGAAGUUGGAAUGGUGACCUUAUCAUCCAAGACAAAUAAAAGUAAACGCAGUCCACCAGAACAUUCUGAAAGUGAUACUCUUGUAUCGGAUUUUGAAUUUCAAGAAAGUAUCCAUACUCUAUCACGGCUGACAUAGGACUAAAUCUUGUGAAAUUAUGCUUUUUUGCCUUCAAAUUUCAAUAAAUUUUCUUACAUUUUC